AUGCUCGAUAGAGCUCUUCGACCAGUGAAAGAAGUAAUUCUACAGCCAUGUCUGGGCUUUAUCCCGGCAUCGUUGAGUCCUAUGAGUAUUACCUAUCUUGGCUUUGCCAUCGGACUGUCAUCACCUCUGUUCGCCUGCUUGGGUAGUGACAGACUUGCGCUCAUCGCUUGGCUUCUGAAUCGCCUACUUGACGGUCUAGACGGGACAGUCGCAAGACUUCGGUCUCGACAGACAUCAUGGGGAGGAUUCAUGGAUAUUGUCUGUGAUUUCACCAUAUACACGCUACUUCCGAUCGGAAUCGCAUACUCACCUUCCGCUCCUCUGCCAAACGAGACCAUGUUACCGUUGGCCCUGCUCCUCGGCUCCUUCCAUAUCAACAAUGUCAUCUUGUUCUACCUCGCUUCUGCUGUCCCUCCGACAACGACAGUAAAGGAGAUGACGUCUUUACAGAUGAUUCCUGCGCUCAUCGAGGGCAGCGAGAGUUUUUGCUUCUUCACGAUCAUGAUCUUGUGUCCGAGCUGGUUCAAGGAGAUAGCGUAUGGUAUGAGUGUGUUGGUCGGCAUUAAUAUACUCCAGAGGUCGUUGUUGGCAAGGGAUGUCAUGGGGAAAAUGGUGGACAGGGAGAAGAAGAAGGAGACUUGA